AUGGAUCCACAAAAAAGGCUGACCCUUAUUUCCAAACAUCUUUUAAGCAGAUUUCCUGAGAUUCCUAUAUCGGACACCUUAACUUCAUAUAGAAAAAAAACAAGUUUUGAUUCAAGCUCUCUAAGGAAUUUAAUAUAUGGAGGACGGAGUUCUAUAGUUGAAGAAAUGAUUUCUUAUAUGAUGGAAUCACAGUCACUUUUUGACCAUUAUAAAGAAACACAUUUAUCGAUCCCUGAGUAUCGUGAGCUAAUUCUUCGCCAAAUAUUAGCUACUUAUGGGAAAAUAUUGUCAAAUCCUUCAUAUAAUAAAGAUGAUAUCAAUCAUAUAAUGGCUGUGUUGCAUGGCAUGAAUUUGUAUUCACAGUCUUUUGCAGCCAGAUUAAUGGUUCAUCUUAUUUUAUAUAUACAGAUUUUUGCUAAAUUUUGGCAAAUCAAUAUUAUUCAAUUUUUAUAAUGAAAUAUUCAAAACUAUACAAGUAUAUAAGUAUACAUUUUCGAUUGAAUUAUUAGGCACAGAAAAGCAUAAAUUAUUAAUAGAAAAUGGAAGACUAUUAAAAGAUUAUGGCUGCUUUGGGAUGACUGAAUUAGGGCAUGGCACUAAUGUGGCAGCCUUAGAAACCACAGCUGUUUAUGAUCAUAAAACCCGCGGAUUCAUUUUGAACAGCCCAACCUCUACAAGUGCUAAAUGGUGAAUAGGAGCAAUGGGAAAAACAGCUGACAUGGCAGUCAUUUUCGCUCAACUUUUUGUUGAAGGAGUCAAUAGAGGAGUUCAUGCUUUUGCAGUCAGAAUAAGAAAUAAAACAACUCAUGACCCUAUGCCUGGAGUUACUGUUGGCGACUGUGGGAUGAAAAAUGGUCUAAAUGGAAUUGACAAUGGCUUUAUACUUUUUAAGGAUUACUUCGUCCCAUAUGAUGCCCUUCUUGACAGAAUUAGCCAUAUCUCUAAUGAAGGAAAAUUCAAAAGCAUUAUAAAAAACAAUGAAAAAAGACUAGGAAUCAUGCUACUUAGCUUAAUGGGAGGAAGAAUUUCUUGUAUUGGUAGCACAUCAAUAUCUAUGCAUUUGUCAUUAACUAUAGCUAUAAGAUGGACAUUUUUUUAGUAGGAAGGUUUUGAUAAAGUGGCAUUUCCUAGUAAAAGCUUGGCUUUUUUUUCCAUGUAAGACAUUUAUCGAAGCUUAACGUAUUUUUUAGAGAAAAUGUCUCGCUAUCGAAAAAUUUGGACCAAACCUAAAAAGGAAACAUGCAAAAUAUUCCUAGCCGCUAUAAGAUUUUCAGCAACCCGAAAACAAUUUUCAUCAACUGGUGUUAAGGAUACAGAAUCUGCUGUAAUUGAAUAUCAGACCCAAAAAUAUCGAAUAUUCCCUCAUUUAGCGAAAUUUUUUGUUUUUAUCUCUUCUUAUCAUAAAGUAAAAUCUUGGGCUCUUUCUUUAAAACAAAAAAUAUUAAAUGACCCAGAAAAUGAAGAAAUCACAGAAAUUCAUGCAAUUUUAGCCUCUAUGAAGCCCGUCGGGACUUGGUACGCAAAUGAAACUAUUCAAGCCUGUAGAGAAGCCUGUGGAGGGCUAGCGUAUUCAGUAUAUUCUCAGUUCGCAAGGAUUAGAAAUGAUCAAGACAUUCAAGUGACUUGGGAAGGAGACAAUCACGUUUUAUUGCAGCAGACAGCAAGAUUUAUAUUGAAGCAGUUCCAAAAGUACUUUAAAGGAAUAAGAAUAACUGUUCCAACCCUGAGCUUUAUGAUACCUGAUUCAGAAAAACUAAAAGAACUCAAGGGAAGCUUUUCCAGUUUAGAGGACCUAGAAAAUAUUGACUGUUUGGUAAGCAUGCUUGAAUAUAAAUUUAAUUACCUUUUGCACGAGGCUAUAGCAAGAAUUAAAGAAAAUGCUGGCAAAUAUUCAGAGAUUUCCCAAACAUGGAAUAAUUCUCACUCCAUCCCCUUUUAAAUUGCAGCAAAGCAUGAUAAAAUUUGUAUUUUUUUGAUACUUUAACACCCCUUUAUUUAGAAUGAUUUUUUCAAUAGGAAAAUUUAACGAUGAGAAUACUAAUUUUUAUAAAAUUAGUUUUGAUCUAAUUAUAUAGAUAGCAUAAAAGUAGAGCGUUAUUUAAACAAUUUUCACACUAAGUAGAUUUACAUUUUUAUUUGAUUCUUCAUAAAAUAAAUUAAAAUUUAAAGUAUUGGACUACGCCCUUCCUAUAGAUGGCGCAUUGCGCGCCAUCUAUAGGAAGGGCGUAUUAUUUAUUGCCUAAAUUUCUGAUCAUGCAUAUGCAUGCCAUUUUGAAUUUGGUAUGUAAAAACCGAAUAUGCGUUUCAAAACGCAGAUUUUAGUGCGGCAAAUUCUUAAUUUGAAAUUUCAUAUGAAAAUGGCGCGUAUAACGUCCAUAAGAAAUUUUGCCAACAGAUUAUAUAUAUUUUAGGCACAAUAUUUAAAAUGGCAGUUAGGGAUAGAGUCCUAGUUCUAUUCAUCAGUAGCCUAUUAUACGAGCUUUGUGAGAGAAGUUCAAGCUUCUUGAGAGUCUCAGCCUGAAGAGAGGUUGUCUAUGCUUAGACUGGCAUGGACUAGAGAAGUCUAAAAGGGAUUAAUAGCUUUAACAGUUUGACGGUUUGGCCAAACAACCUAUCGUUGUUCAGAGCUGUUAUUAAAGCUAAAUCUCAAGUUAAAGAGGACUUAAGGCACUGCAGCGCUAGAGGAAUUCACAAAACAUUAAAAUUAAACAUAUUUUUUAACAACUUGAAAAAAAUUUAAGAUUAGGAUACUAAUUUUAAAAUUAGCUUUGACCUAAUAAUAUAAUAGACAAAAUGCAAGUAGAAUGCUAUUAAAACAGUUUUAAAACACAGAAUAGAUUAAUUUUUUAUUUAAAUCUUCAUCCAAAUAAAUUAAAUUCAAAGUAUUGAAGUCAAUUUAUAGUUUUUAAAAUUUUAGAUUAUAUGGCUACAAGAGAUUUUCCCAACAUUUUACUUAAAAAUUUUAAGAAAAGAAGAAAAAAUAAAAAGAUUUAAAAUUGGAUCAGCUCUUAAGAUAAUUAUAAUCUUCUCUCUCUCACAAAAAAUUAAAAAAAUUUAAAAAAAAAAAAGUUAUAAAAUUAAUUUUGGCUUAUUUUUAUGGAAAAAAUACACUAGAAUGCUAUUUAAACAGUUUUCGCUUCGAAUCGAUUUCUUUUUAAUUGCUUCUUGAUAGAAACAAUUAAAAUUUAAAGUAUUGUGCUCAAUUUAUAUUUUUUAAGAUUUAAGAUUUUAAAAAUUAUUUAUUGAAAAAAUAUUCCCCUUUAAAUUGAUACAGGAUUUUUUGUUCCAAUUUAAAAGGGAGUCAGAUUUUUUAUUUGCAAGAAUUGCCAAAAGCUUAUAUUGAAAUAUUUAUGAUAAACACACUUAUAGAAGACCAAGAAAAAUUGGAUAAUUCUGAAACAAAAGAAAUGAUUAAAUGAUUUAUUCAACUAUAUGCCUUAGAGAAAAUCAGAAAAGACUUAGAAAUUUAUAUGGUCAGGUACCUGAGUUAUGAACAAGGAAAAUUAAUAAAAGAUAAAAUCUUUGAACUGUGCGAUAAAAUUGGAAAUUUCGCGGUGGAUUUAAUUGAUGCUAUUGCACCUCCAGAUUUUAUACUGAGUUCUAUACUUGCUAUGUCUGAUGGCCAAAUUUAUAAGCAUAUCAUUUCCACAAUUGAAAAAUCUCCAGAAACUUAUGAAAAAGCAUCUUUUCUAAAGACGAUAAAUGAAAUGAGAACAUUAGCUAAAUAA